GUGUGUGUGUGUGUGUGUGCGUGUGUAUGUGUGUGCGCGCGUGCAUGUGCGAGCGCGGCUACCUCCUUUUGUAGCUCCCCAGUCUGAGAACUCACUCCCUGCUUUCUUUCUUUCUUUUUCUUUCUUUCUUUCUUUCUUUCUUUCUUUCUUUCUCUCUCUCUUUCUUUUUUCCUCCCACCCCUCCAUCUGAGGCUCAUGCUACAAAGUUAAAUGCUGGAUCUAUUUUUCAGCGACCAUUUUUGGCUGUAAAAAUGCUGAGCGGCGUCCUCUUGCUGAGCGUCCUCACGGUCACCAGCCUGUCGCCGUCCGAAACGGAGAGCCGCAAAACUUCAGCCUCCAAAGACAUCUGCAAAACCCGCUGCGCCUGCGAGGAGAGAGAGAACAUACUGAACAUCAACUGUGAGAAUAAAGGAUUUACCACUGUCAGUCAGUUUCAAGCGCCCCCGAACAAAAUCUCCCAGCUUUUCCUCAACGGCAACUUCCUCUCACGGCUCAACGCCAAUGAGUUUGUCAAUUAUGGCAAUGUCACCUCUCUGCAUUUGGGGAAUAAUGGCUUGCAGGAGAUACGAACCGGCGCCUUCAACGGGCUCCGCUUCCUAAAGCGGCUCCACUUGAACAACAACAACCUGGAGGUGAUUAAAGAGGACACCUUUGCAGGACUGGAGAGUUUGGAGUAUUUACAGGCGGACUAUAAUUAUAUCAGCGCCAUUGAGCCAGGCGCCUUCAGUAAGCUGAAUAAGCUCAAAGUGUUGAUCCUCAAUGACAACCUGCUGUUGUCUCUGCCCACCAAUGUUUUCCGCUUUGUGCUCCUCACCCACUUGGAUUUACGCGGCAAUCGGCUCAAGAUGUUGCCUUUUGCAGGGGUUUUGGAGCACAUAGGCGGCAUCAUGGAGAUCCAGCUGGAGGAGAACCCGUGGAAUUGCACCUGCGAUCUGAUCCCCCUCAAAUCUUGGUUGGACACUAUUUCUGUGUUUGUGGGGGACAUUGUGUGCGAGACGCCAUUCAGGCUGCACGGUAAGGAUAUUACCCAGCUCAUAAAGCAGGACCUGUGUCCACGUAGGAAUGCCGGUGAGCGAGUUAACCACCCCCCCUCUGACUCCCACUUUCAAGGGGCCCUACCCCCGACCUAUCACCCCGGCAUGAUCACCCCCACCCGUGCCCCGAAAGCCUCCCGCCCCCCCAAGAUGCGCCAUAGGCCCACCCCACGCAUCACAUCAAAGGACAAACACGUCUUCGGGCCCAUUAUGGUUUACCAGACACGCUCCCCUGUGCCGAUGUUGUGCCCCAGCGUGUGCGUGUGCACAUCACAAAACCCCGACAGCGGAUUGAACAUCAACUGCCAAGAGCGGAAGUUGCAUAACAUCACAGAGCUGAACCCUAAGCCCUCCUACCCAAAGAAACUCCACCUGACCGGUAACUACUUACAAGUGAUUUACCGAACUGAUCUGACUGAGUAUAGCUCACUGGAGCUGCUCCAUUUAGGAAAUAACAGGAUAGCAAUUAUCCAGGAAGGGGCUUUUGAGAAUCUAACCAACCUUAGAAGGCUCUAUCUAAAUGGGAAUUACAUUGAGUCCCUAUCACAGUCGCUUUUCGCUGGCCUGCAGUCACUCCAGUAUCUGUAUUUGGAAUAUAACAUCAUCAAAGAAAUUUUACCACAGACAUUUAACUCUUUGCAUAAUCUACAGCUGCUUUUUUUGAACAACAAUCUCUUGAGAUCCCUCCCCGACAACGUUUUCGGGGGAACCAUGCUAACAAGACUCAACUUGCGGAAUAAUCAUUUCUCUCACCUUCCAGUUCGAGGCGUCCUAGACCAGCUGUCUGCGUUUAUCCAGAUUGACUUGCAGGAGAACCCCUGGGACUGCACGUGCGAUAUUGUGGCGCUUAAGAACUGGAUGGAGCUGUCCAGCACCAGCGUGGUGGUCAACGAAAUCACCUGCGACUCGCCCUCCAAGCACGCAGGCCGACUGCUGCGCUCUCUCCGCAAUGAGGCCAUCUGCCCUGAACCCAGUGAGAUGGCCCCUCCACAGCAUGGCCCCCCAACAAAGGCCCCCACCUUAAUGAGCCCUGGCACUGAGCCCACAACCCCCUCCUCCUCCUCCUCCCCCUCUUUCAGCCCAGUCAGCCCCACUGAAUCCCGAAUCCACCCGCCUGAGUUACACCCAGAGGUCCCGCUGUCAGUCCUAAUCCUUGGACUUCUGGUUGUUUUCAUCCUGUCCGUCUGCUUCGGCGCAGGCCUCUUUGUCUUCGUCCUGAAACGGCGCAAGGGGGUGGAUCACGUCCCCACAGGUGCCAACAACUUAGAUCUAAACUCCUUCCAAGUGCAAUACGGCUCCUACACCGCAGAACCAACCCAAGACAAAACCUCUGAAAGCCACGUUUACAAUUACAUCCCCCCGCCUGUGGGCUCCAUGUGCCAAAACCCGAUUUACAUGCAGAAAGACGGCGAGCAGGUGGCGUAUUUCCGGAACUUGAAGGAGCUCAGUUUUGGGCCCCUGGACACGAAGAAGGAUGACGUCCUGACCCGCAGCCCGGGGGCCUACACCAUCAGCACAGUGGAUUUUAUGGAUAAGUCCCCAACGUCAUGCGGUAUCAACACCUCAGAGGCUCCGGAGAUGUUGUAUCAAAAUUUAGGGGAGAGGUCCAACAAGGAGCUCCCCACAGCUGCAGGCGCCCCUUCUUUCAAUUACAACUUUUGCACUUUACCCAAGAGACCUUGCAUUGUGCCCCCCUACGAGGCCGUGUCAACCCGACGGCAUGCCACCAACCAGGACAGACUGAACAAGACAGUGCUGUACGGGACCCCCAGGAAAUACUAUGGGGCCGAACAGCCAUCCAAAAACAAUGAGCACCCCCUUCUUCUCCCUGGGAAGCUAAAAACAGAACCAGACUACCUGGAGGUUCUGGAGAAACAGACUGCGAUGAGCCAACUAUGUAUAAAAAGGAGUAUAAGAAGUAUAUUAUUAUGCAGCUCUAUUUUUUCCUCCUUGAAGGUAUAAAUUAUUUCUGCUUUUUUGACAAAAACGAAAUCACAAAAAAGACUGUGGUGGCAGGUAGAAAAUGGGCAGGACUGUGUACAAAUACAGCUUUGUGCUUUUUCUUAAAACUGUAUUUUCAUUUUCCCUGUGGAAAAGAAAAAACAACAGACAAAAUCAUUUUUCAUUUGUAGAAGAGGAGAACACAAUAAAUUGACAUUCCUGUACAUACUUAGCCUAUACAGAUAAAUGGUGAGUGUAAAACGAUGAAAAAAAAAAAACCUGUUUCAAAAUCCAACAAGCGGCGAAAUCUUACUAUACUC